CCUGAUGCAUCCCAAAGCUCAUGUGCCACGGUCCUGUGGGCACCCACCAGGCAGCUGGCCCCAAUGGGAAAGUCCUGAUUCGCCAGGCCCUGCCCCCUGUGGCCCUUCUAUCAGGCAAUUCAAAGUCUCCAGCCCCACAGGUUACUGAUUAACCCCAGGUUUCAAGGAAAGGAAUAAUAACACCCGAAAGGACUACUGAGCCAAGAAACAAGCUGGGCAGCCCUGGGAGAGAGCAGCGCCAGACAGCUGUUGUAGCAGGUACCUGGCACGGGCGGAAAGGAGAGUCAGUCUCCAUCCCAGUCCCGCCAGCCCCCGAGCCCAGAAUGGCCUGUCCCGGGACCCUGCAGCAGCCCCAGCCCAGCUCUGCAGGAGCCACCACCAGGGUAGGCCCCACUGGGGGUCCCCGUGGCUCCAAGGAGUGCGACCUGGAGUGCCUGGUGUGCCGGGAGCCCUACAGCUGCGCCCGGUCGCCCAAGCUGCUGGCCUGCCAGCAUGCCUUCUGUGCCAUCUGCCUGAAGCUCCUGCUGUGCAUUCAGGACAGCACCUGGUCCAUCACCUGCCCACUAUGCCGCAAGGUCACCGGCGUCCCCGGCGGCCUCAUCUGCAGCCUGCGCGACCAGGAGGCAGUGCUGGGACGACUGGCCCAGUCAUGCCCCGAGGUGCGGCUCUCUCUUCAGGGGCUGGCGGAUCCUGCUGCCUCAACGGAGCGGCACCCCCGCGUGGCAGGAGAAGAUGGGCAAGAUACAGUAAGUGCCAACCGCGCAGCAGCCCGGAGCCUGGCUGCACACCUGCUCCUGCUGGUCUUGGUCAUCAUCCUCAUCCUGCCCUUCAUCUACCCGGGUGUCAUCCGGUGGGUGCUUGCCUUCAUCAUCACCCUGGCCCUGCUGAUGUCCAUCCUCUUCUGCUGUCACCCCAGGCAGGGCACCUGCUCGUCCUUCCCCAGGACUCUCUUCUGCAGAGAGCAGAAAGACAGCCAGGUCUCCUCCAUUGCCUGAGUCACUCGGACCAGGCAGCCCCUGCAGCCCCUCCUGCCUCAUGGGCCCCCUGACCUCCCCAUGAACAGGGCCAUGAACUGAGACUGGCUCCCUCGGGAGAUCCCAUGCCAGCUGGACUUGCAAGCCAAAGCCAGGAUGGUCAUCUUGGGUCAAGAGCUGAUGCUUGAACAGUAGGUUUGCACCUGCCCCUUGGGAUAGCAGAGCCAAACCCCUGGGGGAUAGGGGAAGAGGCACAAACUACUUGAACGCCAUGAGGGAGACCUCCUGUUCCUCUUCUUGCAAUAUUCCCGGUUUUUCUUUAUAUAACUUAAUGAAAGUAUUGCAGUAUUGAGCCUGAACAAAUAGAACUGGGAUUCCUUUUUUGCAAUUAUAUUGCUGGUUUUAUUUUCUUGU